CUUAUUGGUCCACGUUGAGUAGUACCGUAAUACUCCUAAAACGUCAUUGACGUGUUAACAUUUUCAACCGCGGGGGCACCCGUCCAACCUUUUCAACUCGAACACACGUUUGUCUCGCAGUUAAUACUGGUUUUAAAAGCGCGCAGAAGACAACUGUUGUAUAAUUGUAAGUGGGGUUAAAAAAAAAAAAAAGCUAAAUAUAUUAUUUUAUCUGUUGCGUUUUGUUACCGUAAAACCGGAUGUGAUGUGGCUGCCAGACAGCAAGCCAAAGAUAAACACGUAGCCCGAAAGAGACGAGUGAGAAAUUACAGAUAUCAUUGGGAGGUUGCUUCUCGUUCUCGAAAUGAAGUGAAUACGGUGGCUGAGUAUAUUUUAGAAAACGAAGAAACUCUUCUUCCAGCAAGGAGCAAGCCUUCCGUUUACAUCGCUUUGACGCUGUAUAGUUCAGUCCAACAUGGUGCGAGCAGCCUUGGUGACCGGCACCAGUCUGGUGUUGACUGGUGCUGUGGUGGCACACGCUUACCUCCUCAAACACCAGUUUUACCCAACUGUAGUUUAUCUCACCAAGAGCAGCCCCAGCAUGGCGGUGUUAUACAUUCAGGCUUUUGUAUUGGUGUUUCUUGUGGGAAAAUUCAUGAGGAAGGUGUUUUUUGGACAGCUAAGGGCUGCAGAAAUGGAGCAUCUCAUUGAGCGUUCCUGGUAUGCAGUGACCGAGACGUGCCUGGCCUUCACUGUAUUCAGGGAUGACUUUUCUCCACGCUUUGUUGCCCUCUUCACACUUCUGGUCUUCCUUAAGUGCUUCCACUGGUUGGCUGAGGACCGGGUGGACUUUAUGGAACGAAGUCCAAACAUAUCCUGUCUUUUCCACUUCAGAGUGUUAUCUCUCAUGGGGCUGUUGGCAGUCUUGGACUUCACGUUUGUUUACCACGCCUGUCAGAGCAUUAUCACCCGAGGAGCCUCCGUCCAGCUUGUUUUCGGCUUUGAGUAUGCGAUCCUGUUGACCAUGGUGUUUACAAUUUACAUUAAGUACAUCCUGCACACUUUCGAUUUACAAAGCGAAAAUCCCUGGGACAACAAGGCUGUCUAUAUGCUCUAUACUGAGCUCUUCACUGGUUUCAUAAAAGUUCUCCUGUACAUUGCUUUUAUGACCAUUAUGAUGAAGGUUCACACUUUCCCCCUGUUUGCAAUCCGGCCCAUGUAUUUGGCUAUGAGACAAUUUAAGAAAGCUGUAACUGAUGCUAUAAUGUCUCGGAGAGCCAUUCGCAACAUGAAUACACUAUACCCCGACGCUACCCCUGAGGACCUGCAGGCUUCUGACAAUGUUUGUAUCAUCUGCCGAGAGGAGAUGGUCACUGGGGCAAAGAAACUACCUUGCAAUCAUAUUUUCCAUUCCAGUUGCUUGCGCUCCUGGUUCCAGAGACAGCAGACCUGUCCCACCUGCCGCAUGGACGUCUUGCGGGCGUCAAACAACAAUCAGACUCCUACCCCUGCCCAGGCUCCGCCCCCUGCUCAGGCAGCCCCUGCUCCUGCUGCCCAGCCAGCCAAUGUGCCACCCGGUAUGUUACCUGGCUUCCCACCAGGCCUGUUUCCCUUUUGGGGUCCCUUUCCACCUGUGCCUCCCCCGGCCGCGGCUGCUCCUGGUGCCACCAACGUACCGCAGGGCAACACUGAGGCAGUGCAAGCGGCCGGUACAAGCCAAUCCACUUCACCUGGUGCAGACACUGCAACAGCCGCCACUCCGGGCUCGACAAUUCCGGGAUUCCCCUUCUCCAUUCCUCCACCUCCCUUCCCAACUGCACCGUGGCUUCCAAUGCCGCCACCUCCUCCUCCCUUCAUGUCGUCAAUGCCCCCGCCUCCUCCUUCUCUGUCCCAGUUGUCUGAAGACGAGCUGAGGGAGCUGGAGGCCGAAGGCCGUCGGGGUCUGGAAGCCAGGCUGCAGUGUCUCCAGAACAUCCACACCCUGCUGGAUGCCGCCAUGCUUAACAUCCACCAUUAUCUCAGCACAGUUGCCACGCUCACCCCUCCAAGGUCUGACAGCAGCACAGGUGAAGCCAGUGGAACAAACCCUUUGGCUUCAGUCCCCACUGCUAGCGUCAGCACGGACGAACCGAGUCAGGAAAAAGCCUCGUCCUACCUCAGCUUGAACAAAGCUCCAGUCCAGACGGACGACUGCACUGCUUCCACUUCCAGCGCUUGGGAGAGCGAGAGCAGAGACAAGACAGACGGAGGAUCAGAGGACGAGGACGGCGAGCCCAACACCGCCGAACUGAGGCGUCGGCGGCUUCGGAAGCUUGAAACGGCGCCGCUUCCGCCUGCAGAAGAUUGAGGCCACGUGGAAGCCAAUGGUUGUGGACCUUCAUCUGUUGGUCAUGCAUUUAUCCUUAAAUUCAAAUUGGACUCAAAACUGGGGGGAUCUUUUUCACUCCUGUGUCAAAAUACAGCAUGUUCUUCUCCUUAUUUUUCACAAAACAUUAGUGGACUAGAGGACUGCUGGCUGAAAGUCAAAAGGAAUUCAAAUGUUUAGUGAGGGAGAGUCCCUGUUUAGAUUUGGACUUUAUAGUUUGGCUGUCAUUGGCGGUGCUUACACGUUAAUUUUUGGGGUUCUUUAAUCUGUUGGCUUCAUUAGAAAGGUUCUCGCACUGCACAGUGAAGUUCUCAGAUUUAAAAAAAAAAAAAAAAAAAGGUUGAGUAACAUUUUUUCCCUUUACAAAUCAGCACUUCUGGUUUUCGCAAUAUUGCAGGUGCUGUAACGUUUGAAUAUGUACAUAAUGUAUAAAGGGUUUAUUAGGGUGAUCUGUACAUAAAGGAGAAUAAACUGUGUGACAUUUU